UGUGCGCAUGCUCCGAGCACAGGGUCUCGCUCUGGGCGGUGGAGGCUGGCCGUUUCUGCCUCAGUUCACGGGGAGCCUCGAUUACGGUGGCAGCUGUUGGUGUCUCUGCCUGGUGUCGGCGUGAAGCAGAGCUGGGCCAGCGGGAGAUAGCCCUGUGGGAGUGGAAGGCCCGUUUUUCUCUACCUGGAUUGCACGCGCCUCACGCUAGGAGGGCACAGCUCAAGAUUUGCUUUGAGGUCACAUUGAUACGAAAUAUGGAGUCACCUUUGAUAACUUCAUCUGGGAAAGAGAGUCUUCUUUCUUAUUAAAAAAAUAAAUAAAUAAAAGUAAAUAACUUGAGGAUUCACGCUAAAUGCCAGCUCUACAUCUUUGGUAUCAUCUAUUUUUAACCCAUCAAGACAAAUGCCUUUAAGGAAGAUGAUUUGACCAUCAACAUUAUUCGUAACAUUUUAAAAAUCAUUCAUCUUAAACUGUACAGCUCUCUUAUGAAAUUUAACACGUAUAAAAAUCUGUAAGGCCUUGUUUAAGUUAGUGGGUUUUUUUAAGUUAUCAGACUUUUAACAUUUAUAUACCCUAUUUUUACUUUAGAAAGUCCUCAUAAAAAUUUGUAGCAUCAGGAAAGAUAUGGACUUGGAAACUUGUGUUAUUGUAAUAGACUGCACUGAACUUAAGUGGACAGUUCCAUAUAUCAUCCAUUUUAUCAUCAGAAAUAUUACAUAAGUAUACAAUUCAAAGCUUUAAUGCAAACAAAUUUGCUUGAAAAUGGCAUGGGUAAAAUUCUUACGGAAACCUGGUGGCAAUCUUGGAAAAGUUUAUCAACCUGGGAGUAUGCUAUCUCUGGCCCCUACCAAAGGCUUAUUAAAUGAACCAGGACAAAACAGCUGCUUUCUUAAUAGUGCUGUACAGGUUUUGUGGCAAUUGGACAUAUUCCGACGAAGCUUGCGGAUUUUAACUGGACAUGUUUGUCAGGGAGAUGCUUGCAUAUUUUGUGCAUUGAAGACCAUAUUUGCACAGUUUCAACACAGUCGAGAAAAAGCACUACCCUCAGAUAACAUAAGGCAUGCUCUUGCAGAAAGCUUCAAAGAUGAGCAACGAUUUCAGCUUGGCUUUAUGGAUGAUGCUGCAGAGUGCUUUGAAAAUAUAUUGGAAAGGAUUCAUUUUCACAUAGUGCCAAGCAGAGAUGCCGACAUGUGUACUUCUAAGUCUUGUGUCACUCACCAGAAGUUUGCUAUGACUCUGUAUGAACAGUGUGUGUGUCGUAGCUGUGGAGCAUCAUCAGAUCCUCUACCUUUUACAGAAUUUGUGCGGUACAUUUCUACAACAGCCCUAUGCAAUGAAGUUGAAAAAAUGAUGGAGAGGCAUGAACGCUUUAAGCCUGAAAUGUUUGCAGAAUUGCUGCAAGCAGCAAAUACCACUGAUGACUAUAGAAAAUGUCCUAGUAACUGUGGCCAAAAAAUAAAAAUUCGUCGUGUUUUAAUGAAUUGCCCAGAGAUUGUUACAAUUGGUUUAGUCUGGGAUUCUGAGCAUUCUGACUUGACCGAAGAUGUUGUUCGGAAUCUAGCAACACAUCUUUAUCUUCCUGGGCUUUUUUAUAGGGUUACUGAUGAAAAUGCCAAAAAUAGUGAACUUCACCUUGUUGGUAUAAUCUGCUACACCAGCCAACAUUAUUGUGCCUUUGCUUUUCAUACUAAGAGUUCCAAAUGGGUAUUUUUUGAUGAUGCAACUGUGAAAGAGGUUGGAAGUAGAUGGAAAGACGUGGUCUCCAAGUGCACUCGAUGCCACUUCCAGCCACUGCUUUUGUUUUAUGCAAACCCAGAUGGCACAGCAGUUUCUACUGAAGAUGCACUCAAGCAGGUCAUCCACUGGACACAUUAUAAAUCUGUUGAAGAAAAUAUGGGAUGUGAAAAGCCCUCGAUUUAUAAGUCAGAUAAUUCAAAAGAAAAUGGAUUUGGUGAUCAGGUAAAGCAAAGAGAAAAUCAGAAAUUUCAAACAGAUGAUAUUUCAUCAUUUAAUCGGAGCCACGUUCAAACAAGUGGAGGUAGAGGACCAGUUAAAUUAAGUCACAGUGAUCAAAGAGAAAAGAUAAAAGACAUUUCCAGAGAAUGUGCUGUGAAAGCCAUUGAACAGAAGAAUUUACUUCCCUCACAAAGGAAAGAUUUGGAGAGGGGACAAAGAAAAGAUUUGGGCCGACAUAGAGAUUUGGCCAAUGAAGACCUUUCUCAUUUCAAGUCUGGAUCACCUCCUGCCCUAAAUGGCUUUAGACAAUAUGGAAAGCCACAUCUAUAUCACAGCCAAGGAAAAGGACCAUGUAAGCAUGACCGAAUUGCCCAUCAGAGUCGAGCUUCUGCACAACUGCUAAGUUCAAGUAAAUCCCAGAUUAUUCCUCCGGGAGAGAAAAUAACUGGUAAAGUUAAGAGUGACGGUAGCACUGGAUAUGAUACAGACAGCAGCCAAGAUUCUAGGGAUAAAGGAAACAGCUGUAAUAGCACCAGCAAAAGCCGGAACCGAGGUUGGAAACCUAUGAGAGAAACAUUGAAUGUUGAUAGCAUUUUCAGUGAAAGUGAAAAAAGGCAGCAUAGUCCAAGACAUAAAUCAAAUAUCAGCAACAAACCUAAAUGUAGCAAAGGUCAGAGUUUUAACAACUGGCCAAAAGAGAAUCCAAAGCAAAAAGGUUUAAUGACCAUAUAUGAAGAUGAAGUAAAGCAGGAAACAGGAAGCAGGAGUUCCCUUGAAUCUAAUGAGAAAGGAACAGAGAAAAACAAAGGUCUCAGAGAGACUAAAGUUCAUGGUGACAGCUGGCAGAUGCAAAGGACUGAGUCUGGAUAUGAAAGCAGUGAUCACAUCAGUAAUGGAUCUGCUAAUUUGGAUUCCCCUGUUAUUGAUGGAAAUGGUACAGUAAUGGAUACCAAUGGUAUUAAAGAAGCAGUACCCUUCAGUGACCAGAUUAAGUCUGACAACCUAAAUAUAGAACAUGUGGACUGUGUCUCUCAUCACAGCAAAAACCCCUUGGAAGAUUUUAGAAAAGACUUCAAGAACUUGGAAGUAGCCUAUAAAUCUCAUGAUUUCCACCCAGAAUCAUCACAUCUGCAAAUAAAAAAUCCUUUAAUAAGAAGGUCACAAACACAUGAAACCAGUGGAAAGUUAUUCCCUUCAUCCAGUCCACAAUUACUCAAGGACCAUAUUGCAAGAGAGCAUAUCCAACAGUCAGGUGAACAGAAGCUUGAAAAAUCAAGUGAAUGCAAAUUUUCUGAGUGGCUUAAUAUAGAAAAUUCUGAGAGAACAGGUUUGCCUUUUCAUGUUGAUGAUAGUUCUGCGUCUGGAAAGAGAGUGAACACUAAUGAAAUAAUGUCACCAUCUCCAUUGUGGUCGUCACACACGAGAACUGUUGGGUUAAAGCCAGAAACUGCUUCUGUGAUGCAGCCACAAAAUAUGAUGGAACAAUGUUACUCUGAGAACUCUCUAUCCAGGGAACGUAUAAUUCAGUCAACCUGCAGAUCUGAUGGUUGUCAGGUGCCAAAACUUGUUUGCCAGAAUCUACCGCCUCCUUUGCCACCAAAGAAACAUGCUGCAACUAAUGUGCCACAGUCAGAGAAAAGUGAAUCUACACCUGAUGGCAAACUUACAGAGAUGUGUAAAGCUAAUUCUUUGAGUCUUCCAAAGCACAGUGAAAGUACAGUUUCAGAACCAGGUUUAGAAAUGAGUACAUAUAUAAAUGAUGAAAGACUUAAGGAAACAUUUCAAGUGAAAGAGUGUUUUGGCAACACACCAGACUACCUGUCCAACUCUUCAACUUAUGAUUUUCGGGGAGACACAGGUGCAGUCGUUGAUGGGUUUUGCCAGCCAGAACUAGAUCCUAGUUCUGCGUGUCCAAGUGAGACAAUUUCAUUAACUACCUAUUUUUCAGUUGAUAGCUGCAUGACUGAUACAUAUAGAUUGAAAUACCACCAGAGGCCCAAACUGUGUUUCCCAUAGAGCAGUAGCUUUUGUAAUGAUAAUUCACUCUCUCAGACUGAAAGAGGGCUAGGACUUAUGUUACAUAAUAGUAUUGGUUCAGGUUGUCCCUCUGAGCAAAAAUAUAAAUGUAGUAUACAUUGUAAUAGAUAAAAGAUGAAAUUGGCAAGCUUGAACUCCUCAGAGGCCAUUAAAAUGAGAAAUAGUAACCUACUGACCGUACCUUAGUGAGAUACAGAAAAUGAAAACCGUAGCAAUUUUAAAGCCAUUAAUUACUUUGACCAUAUAUAUGUAUGUAUAUAUGGUUAAAUUAUAUACAUAAUUUUUUUUGUGUGAUGAUCAACUUACUGAAAAUAGUUUUGCAUGCCUUGGAAAGUAGAAAAUCAGGGUAUGCAACAAGUCAUUUAUCAUAUGCUGCAGCUGAAUAAAAAUUAAAUUUGCCCCUCUAUUAUGUGGCUAGUAGACACAUACAUAUUAAACUAACCCAUAACCAUGUAUGUAGAUUCGUAAUUAUGCUAAUUGAAAAAUAAUAGGUGAUAGAUACAUUGUCUAGUCAAAGCAUUCUUUGCUUUAUGAAGAAGCACUUUCUAAUGGGUAACCGAAAGAGGGCUUCACCCAUUUGUAUUUGACUUCUGUGAUAGUCUACUACAUACAGUCCCUUUAAGUAUCUUAAAAAUUAACCCAUGAAAUAUAUAGCAUUGCGGGAGGGAAAUGCCUUAAUGAUCAGCAAUUUUUAUAUUAAAUUCUCAAGGUCAGUACAGAGGAAACUUAAUUUUACUCCUAGAACUUAUUUUCAGAAUGCCUAGACUAUAGUAUGUAUGUAUAUUACUUCAGCCAUGUAAGCUAAAAUAAUUAAAAUACUUUAGUGUAUUAUUUAUCUUGUUACAUUUGUUUCUAAUUUUAUAUGAAAUGUGAAAGGUUUUUAUUUUGGUUUGGUUUACUUUGGGCUGCUAAUAACCAGUGUUGGUAAUUAACGUAGAGCCCUCUCAUUGGGAAUGUCACUGUGACUGCCUGAAAUUUCUGUGCUAGUCUCACCUGAUUAUAGGUUGUCAACCCAGUUUAUUGAUUUUCAUAUUCUUGAAUCUGCAGAGCUACCUAGGUUUCCAGAUUAAAUUUCUGCCAUUCAUUUAGAGGGUUUAAUUUUAAUGAAAUGUCUUAUUAAUAUGAGUGCCCCUCCCUUUUUUCCUACUCUAAAUAACCAGUAAUUUUACUCCAGCUACAUUCAUGGAGAGGGUUUUGUUUAAAAAAUAAAUUUUCCAUUACUAUAUGACCUUACAAGUGAAAAUAAGUUGUUUUAAUUACCUUAUUUCAUUAGUUGCCAUUUUAUUCUAUACUGAGCUGGUUUUGAAUAGUUUUAUAUUGUCCACUCCAGAGAAGUAAGAACUAUAAAAUCAAAAUUUUCAUUACCUUCAUGAAUGAACUUCAUAGAUAAAACGUAAUAAUUUUAUAAACUAAUUAGUAAAUUGAAUAUCUUGACUGAUUCUGUAAAAAAAUUUCAAAAUGUAAAUAAUUAAAAAUGAACACUUUUAGAUAAAUAGCAAAUAAUUGCUUGUAAAAGUUUAACCUCACCCAGUUACCAAAUGUUGGCCAAAUUUUAUCUUCCACUGGUAGAGAAUUUUAAAGUUUUUAAUAGACUUUUCUAACAGUAGGUGAUUAUUACUUUAUAUUCUCUUAAUUUAGAAAUCCUGGAAUACCAACUAAAUUAAAUUUUCUCCUUUAAGAAAGCUUGUUUUUAACAUAACUUAGUGUGGAAGGUUUGUAAAUAUUGUAAAGUUUGUAAAAUUAUAUUUGAAAUGUCAGUGUAUUUAAUUCCUGCUUUCAUAACAUUGUAAAAUACUAGAGAAGUAGGUUUACAUCAAGUAUUUUAAUAGCUUUCAAAAACUUUCUGUGUAAGUUUUUCUUUUUAAUUUGUUUGUUAAAGAUGUCCAGUUGAAAGUCUAUUAUUUAAAACAUUUAAUUUCUGAUAUUUUAACAGCAGUCCCAGUUUCAUCUUUUCAACUCACAAUUGAAGUUAUAAAACAUCAAAUAGAAAUUGUCCAAUUUUGGCUCUUUUAAAGUACUGUCCAGUUGCUAUCUCCUGAAUCAUGUAAUAGUACCAAACAAACUAGAAACUGACCCUUUGUUUUUAUGUUGAUUCAACACUCCAAACAUAAGAUUGAAUACACAUUUACUACUAAUCAUUCACAUGUAAAAUUUUGACUUCUAAGGUGCCUAUUUAUAAGUGUUUUCAUCUGGUUGUAAGUUUAUUAUGAAAACUUUUGUAAUGCAACCAAUUAUUGUAAUGCUUAAAAUAUCUUCAGAGUGUUAUAUUUUCAUGUAAAAUCUAUUUCUUCUGGUUUAAAAAAAAAUUUAAGAUAAACAGAUUUUUAAUAU